AUCAUAAAUUCCCUUGAAUACAAGGCAGAAAGAAAGAUGGAGAUUAUUAAUAUUGAUUUGUUGGAGAGAGAGAGGGGGGCAAAUAGGGAACGCAAUAUUGCAAUACACUGUCAAUGAAGAGAUUAAGUUAGUUUCCUAUGGUUUGAAUGUUGGCAAAAGAAAUACUCAUAUUUAAUGUCUCCAAAGAAAACAAAAAAAUAUAUUACAAUAUGCUUUGCAAGAGGAAGGAAGAAGUGGAGUGAGUUAGAUGUUGGAAGAACAUGGAAUAUGUGAGAAAGUAGUAAUAAUGGAAAACUAAAACAUUAACAAUCCACAUCAUCAUUGCAUCACCCUGGUGCUCAUCUCAUCAUUCACAGCUUGCAUGCUCCACUUCACACUUGUGCUCACUCUCUCAUCCCAUCUCAUCUCAAACUCAACUCAACAAACACUAACUAACACCACCAUUCAACAAACACAAUGCGUUCUCCAUCUCGUUAUGGAUUCGGGAUUUCCCAAAUUACCCUCAGACUGAUCAUGCUGUUCUUUUUAUUUUUCGCACGCGCGGCAUCGGGUCUGAACCUCACCUCCCUGCUCUCCUCCGUGCCGGAGCUCUCCCAAUUCACCUCCCUCCUCGCCUCCGCCACUCCCCUCGCCGCGGAUCUCUCCGACCGAUCCUCCCUCUCCCUCCUCGCCGUCCCCAACGCCUACCUCGCCUCCGACGACCACCUCUCCCGCCACCACCUCUCCCCCGCCGCCCUCGCCGACGUCCUCCGCUACCACGUCCUCCUCCAGUUCCUCUCCUGGUCCGACCUCCGCGCCCUCCCCCCCUCCGGCAAGCUCGUCACCACGCUCCUCCAAACCACCGGCCGCGCCACCGACAACUUCGGCUCCGUCAACCUCACCCGCGACCCCCAAUCCGGCGUCAUCUCGAUCCGCUCCCCCGCCCCCUACUCCCCCUCCAACGCCACCAUCCUCUCCCUCAUCAAAACCCUACCCUACAACGUCACCAUCUUCGCCGUCAAUUCCCUCCUCAUCCCCUACGGCCUCGACCUCAUGGCCUCGGAAACCCGCCCCAACAUUGUUCUCAACAUCACCAAUGCCCUCGUCAACGGCCACAACUUCAACGUCGCCGCCUCCAUGCUCGCUGCGUCCGGCGUCGUCCAGGAGUUUGAAGCGGACGAGGGUGGUGCCGGAAUAACGCUCUUUGUCCCGGUGGACGACGCAUUCGCGGAUCUCCCACCCUCGGUUGCUCUCCAGUCUCUGCCUGCGGAUAAGAAAGCCGUUGUUCUCAAAUUCCACGUGCUACAUUCGUAUUACCCUCUCGGUUCUCUUGAAUCCGUGGUUAACCCUUUCCAACCAACCCUGGCUACUGAGGCCAUGGGUGCUGGCAGCUUCACGCUCAACAUUUCACGCGUUAACGGCUCCGUCGCAAUCAACACCGGCAUCGUUCAGGCCUCCAUUACGCAGACCGUGUUCGAUCAGAAUCCCGUCGCAAUUUUUGGGGUUUCCAAGGUUCUCUUGCCGAGGGAGAUUUUCGGGAGAAAUCCGAUAGUUUCUGCUAAGCCCCUUGAUAAUGCUCCUCCACCGGAUGAUGACGCUUUGUCACCGGAGAAUUCACCGGGAUUUGAUGGACAGCCCUCACACCUAUCGUCCCCGCCAGGCUUUCGCGAAGAUGUGAGGUCUCAUGCUGGUGGUUCUGGUGGUUCCUUGAACUUUGUUGUUCUUCUUUGCUGUAUAGGCUUGUAUUUUGUGGUAUAGAAUUACAGAUUAUUGUUUUCUGUCGUGGGGUUUUGUUUUAAUUUUCUCCACCUUCUGUACACGGUUAAUUGCAUUAUUAGGCUGCAAAUGCAGCUUUUUUUUUUUCCUAUUGCUUCUUAGUUAUUUUCUUCUUUCGAUUUAUUAUAAAAUUUUUGAUGUUAAUUGUACCAUUGAUCUAAUAAUUAGUGUAAUUAAGGAGGUCAAUGCCAUUUAUCUUCUUUUACUGUUUUCUCCUCUUGUAUUUUGAUAUACAAUACAGUCCUAUUUGUAAGUGUUAGUUGAAUAAGCCUUCUCAUCUUGUUUUAGACAUAA